UUGCAUUGUUUUAUAUAAACAAUUAAGGUUAUUUAAAAGCCAGAAUGGGUAUUCAGGGCUUAACAAAACUUAUAGCAGAUAUCGCUCCGCAGGCCGUAAAGGAAAUGGAGAUCAAAAACUACUUCGGACGCAAAAUCGCUAUCGACGCUUCUAUGAGUCUUUAUCAGUUUCUAAUAGCAGUAAGAAGCGAAGGGGCUCAACUGACGUCAGUCGACGGAGAAACAACAUCCCACCUGAUGGGUACAUUCUACCGUACCAUCCGGUUGGUAGAAAAUGGAAUCAAACCAGUAUAUGUGUUUGACGGAAAGCCGCCGGAAUUGAAGUCUCACCAGCUGAACAAGCGGGCUGAGCGCCGCGAGGAGGCUGAGAAAGAGCUGCAGAAGGCUACAGAAGCAGGUGACCAAGCAUCCAUUGAGAAGUUCAACCGUCGGCUGGUAAAGGUGACCAAGCAGCACGGAGAAGAGGCUCGCUCUCUCCUGAGGCUCAUGGGCAUCCCGGUGGUUGAGGCUCCAUGUGAGGCGGAGGCCCAGUGUGCGGCACUUGUAAAAGCUGGCAAAGUGUUCGCAACAGCGACAGAAGAUAUGGACGCUCUCACGUUCGGUGCCAAUGUGUUGCUCCGCCAUCUUACCUUCUCCGAGGCUAGAAAGAUGCCCGUCCAGGAGAUACAUCUAGACCGGGUCUUAGACGGGCUGGAGCUUAAACAUAAUGAGUUCAUCGACCUCUGCAUCUUGUUGGGUUGCGACUACUGCGGGUCCAUCCGCGGCGUGGGGCCCAAGCGAGCCAUCGAGCUGAUCAGACAACACCGCACACUAGAUGAGGUCUUGAAAAAUAUCGACACGUCCAAGUAUCCUCCUCCAGAGAACUGGGACUUCGCUGACGCCAGAAGGCUGUUCCUGGAGCCCGAGAUCAAGGACCCUAAGGAUAUUGAGAUAAAGUGGACGGACCCUGACGAGGAAGGGCUGGUGAAGUUCCUCUGCGGAGACAAGCAGUUCAACGAGGAACGAGUCAGGAACGGGGCCAAGAAACUGAUGAAGGCACGCUCCACCACCACACAAGGCCGUCUCGAUGGCUUCUUCAAGGUGUCGACAACACCGAACCCCAAACGUAAGGCUGAAGAGGAGAAAAAGAACGCGGCCAACAAGAAAGCGAAGACGGGAGGGAGAGGACGAAAGCCGAAAUAGACAACAAACUAUAGUCUGUUGA